GCCAAGGAGGCGGGUUUGCAGUAGCUGCUCCUAGGCCAAAGCGAGACGACCUUACUGCGCACGCGCACUAGACAGCCGAUGGAGCCACGGAUGGAGCCGUCCGGAGUAGAGCAAGAGCCCGGAGCCGUCAGGCUCCUGGACCUGCCCUGGGAAGACGUGCUUCUCCCACAUGUCCUGAAUCGGGUCCCACUGCGCCAACUACUGCGACUGCAGCGCGUUAGCAGGGGGUUCCGGGCGCUAGUGCAGCUGCACCUGGCCGGACUGCGCCGCUUCGACGCCGCUCAGGUGGGUCCGCAGAUUCCACGAGCCGCCUUUUCCUGGCUGCUGCGGGACGCUGAGGGGCUACAGGAGCUGGCGCUGGCGCCGUGUCACGAAUGGCUGUCAGACGAGGACCUGGUGCCGGUACUGGCGCGGAAUCCUCAGCUGCGGAGUGUGGCGCUGGCGGGCUGUGGGCAACUGAGCCGCCGUGCCCUGGGGGCGCUGGCCGAGGGCUGCCCCCGCCUGCAGCGCUUAUCGCUCGCACACUGUGACUGGGUGGACGGGCUGGCGCUGCGAGGGCUCGUGGACCGCUGCCCGGCCUUGGAGGAGCUGGACCUCACUGCCUGCCGCCAGCUCAAGGACGAGGCCAUCGUGUACCUGGCGCAGAGGCGCGGCGCCAGCCUCCGCAGCCUCUCAUUGGCUGUCAACGCCAACGUGGGGGACACCGCGGUUCAAGAAUUGGCACGCAACUGCCCGGAACUCGAGCACCUUGACCUUACCGGCUGCCUCCGCGUUGGAAGUGAUGGCGUCAGGACAUUGGCCGAGUACUGCCCAGCGCUGCGCUCGCUACGGGUGAGGCACUGCCACCAUGUGGCCGAGCCCAGCCUGAGCCGCUUGCGAAAGCGCGGUGUGGACAUCGACGUGGAGCCACCGCUGCACCAGGCCCUGGUACUGCUGCAGGACAUGGCGGGCUUUGCACCUUUUGUCAACCUGCAGGUCUGACCCACCUGCUGGUUAGAACACAGCUGGACUGUGUGGCCUGACACUUGAGCUGUAGGGAAACCGAACUGUGGGGGCCUCUGGUGAGAGGCUAGUGCCCUGUCCUCCCCUGGAGCUUCAAAUAAAGAGCUUUUUACCCCC